AUGGUUGCUGCCCUCGAUUAUAUGAGUGAUGGUAAUUAUGAAUGGGGUGAAUUGACUAUACCUGAUGAUGUAAAAACUUUUAACCUUGUUUUUGGUGUUGCACACUCCCUUAAAGUAGAUAAAUGGCGCGGACCAUUUGAUAAUACUCAGGAUAUCUGUUGGCACUAUCAUGGUCACCUUAAUAGUUGGAAAGUAUUGACGAAUAUAAUAUUGGGAGAAAACAAUAUUCUUUUAGUGUCAGUCCGCGGAUAUGCGGAUAAUAUGCGAAUUUCAUGUCAUUUCGCAAAAUAUAUCCACGAAUUAUUUAUUCGAUCUAUCGUUUUCUUCGGUUGACAGAUAUCCGUUUGUAUUCGUGGAUGAUCCGGAUCGUUUCACUAGACUUAAAUGAAAGAUUUCUUUAAAAUUGAUUUUUCGGCAUGAGUAAUAAGUGUGUUCUUAAUUAGAUUUCACGAGGUAAUAAAAAAGAAUGGCCUAAUAAAGUUUGAAGGAUUUUCUUAAUCGUUUGAGGAUGAGCCUCGAAUUUUAAUAAACAUCCUCAAGAAUAAAUCUUGAUUGAAAUCCAAAAAUAAUUAGAAAUAUAACAUUUACUUAUCGGACUCAUCAAAUAUACUGUAUCAUUUUAUAUAAUUAUCAUGAAGUUCAAUCCCCUUUUCGUCUUAAUCAUUUCAAUCAUAAUUAGCCUAAUAGCUCUUAUUUCGUUCAU